AUGUCAAAUCAUAAAUGUCGUUCAAUCAUGUACGAAUGUACUAAAGUCACACCUGCAAACGAUGUAUUUCCUUAUGAAAUACGAGCGGUGUUAGAAAACAUCGUGAAUUUAAAGAAAGUUCCGAUAAUGCAUUUAUUAAUUGUCAUUUUCGCUGGAAUUGCUCAUUGGUGUUCAAGAACAGUUUUAAACAUAGAUCUUGAUUGGAAUAUUCCUUUAGUAUUUUAUGGUGUGAUUAUAGGAUAUCCAGGAUCGAACAAGUCAACUGCUAUCAAUUUAAUUGAGAGAGCGACACGAGAAGUUGAAGAAUAUCUGCAGAUAAAGAUUGAAGAUAGUCGAAUAAAUGGAUCAGUGACGAUUGAAAGUUUAUUGCAUGAACUGGAGAAGAAAAGAUCCAUUGUUCAGGCAUUUGAUGAAUUCAAUACAUUUGCAUCUUCGUUUGGUCUCUACCGAGCAGACAAAGCCGUUUAUCAUCGAUCCGUAUUAAAUACGCUUUGGAAUGGGCCAAAGUCGUAUUUUCGGCAACUAGUUAAAGGUGACAUCAAAUGUGAAAAUCCAUGGUUAUCAAUAGUCGCAGCUGCUCAUCCCAGUACAAUUAUUAAUAUUUUGAAAGAUGAAAAUAAUCAAUCAGGUGCUGAUGGAUUGUUUGCGAGAUUUAUCUUUUCUGCUCGAAUAUCACCAGAAGAUGUUCACAAACGAAAUAAACGGGACAUUGAUAAAUCGAACAGCGAUUACGAUACCACAUCAUCUGCAUAUCCAAGUCUUAGCCACAUUAUGUACUUCAUCUAUUUAAUGCACCAUGAUCAAUUCUUAACCCUGAAAAUGUCUCCUGGAGCAAACGACAUAUUGACGUAUACGCAUAACGAAUACAAUAACAUGGUGAUAGGUUUUCAAGGAUACCAGGAUAUUUUGUGUACGAUCUUCUCCAAGUCGCGUGAUCAUUUGUAUCGAAUAUGUGGCUUAUUUCAUCUUUUGCACAAAGCGUGCAGUUACAUUUUAAAGAUUGAACCACCAUUACAAUACUUGUUGUUUGAUGAUUCAACUGCUGAAUCAAUACAGAAAAUGGCUAGUUUAGCCAAAGAAAAUAUGGAUGAUUAUCUUACGAUUUCAGCUGAUGCAGCACUUACAGCCGUUGAAUUAAUGAAAUUUUAUGUCGAUACAAAGAAACUCUUAUACAGUUUCCCGUUGAUAACUAUACCACCAUCACAAGAUAUCAAUGUUGGACCUUCAGUGUCUCAGCAAAACAACUCAAAUAAUCGACAUUCGGAUUUGAAUGUUGAUUAUACUGGUUCAUUUAAUCCUGAAACUUCAAAACAAAGCGUUGUCAGUCAAUACACAGGAUUUUCAAGUAUGCAAUCAUCAUCGUCUAAAGAUCAACUUGACGGAUCUACGAUUGAUGCGAUCAUUAUGAAAAUUUUACAACACAAAAAACAAACAAUUACAAGCACUCGACUUGCUCAAAUCUUACGAAUUCCUGGUGUGAAUGUCGAAAAUAUCAAGAAAGUCUUCAUCUUUUUGGGCGGUUGCCAAAUUGGAACCCAUCUAUUGCAAAAGCAGAAAAAACACGGAAAACCUCGAUUAUCAUUUACGAAAGAUCCAAUACCGAAGGAUAAAGAAUCAGAAAAGUAUAAAAUGAUGGCAAAUUUCCUUAAGGAAUUCAAUAUUGCACUUGAAGAUUAUCACAAUUGCUUAGAAAGUGAAUCAGAAACUUCGAUCACGACAACAAAUGAUUCAUACUCAACAAAUACAGAUAUGACAUCGUCAAUCGAUGAUCGAGGUUCAUCAACAAAUAAUUCUAUCUCUACGAUUGAUAAUUGA